ACCGUCAUUGAGUUUGAAGAGAUGGAUGAAGACGCCCAAUCCGUGGGUGGGCUCACAUAGACAUCAUAUGCAACCUCUGCAUCAGGCUCUGAACCGUUGAAAAUGCCUCCUCUGCCAUCUCUGGCCGCAUAUGGGCCUUUCGAGUGUCCCUUCUGUUUUAUGAUGAUAUCAGCCAGUAACACUCUGGCUUGGAAGAAACACGUAUACGCGGACCUUCGGCCGUACAUCUGUUUCGAGCCGACUUGCCGGAACGGUAAUCAUCAAUAUGGACGCCGACACGAGUGGAUGGAACAUGUGAUAAAGAAUCACUGGCGAACGUGGAAAUGCAGCAUCUGCCUCAGUGAACCCUUCUCUUCUGCUACAGCCUUGAAAAGCCACAUUACACAGCAACAUACCCCUUCUGUACCCUCGAGCCAACUUGAUGUUUAUGUGGAGGAUGGAAAGAAUCCAAAGCCCUUAGACAGCCCAGCGCAGUGCCCUCUUUGCAACGACAUGCCUGCGAACGCCGAUGCUUACCAACGACAUGUUGGGCGCCACCAAGAAGAGUUGGCUCUAUUCUCUCUACCUAAUUUAGAGACAGACGAAAAGUCAAACCAUAACGCAGAGUUUGUAUCGGACUGUUCAGCUUCGGCAACCAGUGUUGACGCGGAAAUACCUGGAAAGCAUGUUGGAGCCAAUUAUCAGUCCAUCGACCGGUAUUUCUUUGACGAAUUGCGCGCAGAGAAGCUACUGCUCUUUGAUCAAAGAAGCCCCAGAGAACUCUUAGAAUCGUUCGAAUGGGACUGCACAAGGCCGCAAUGAAAGGAGAGAUGGUUAGGAGACGAGAACGCGCAAAUCAAGAAAGAAGGAAAAGAAAACGAAGACGAAGAGGGGGCGUACACGCACAGGUUGGAUGAACCGUUUCGAAACUUCAAAUUGAGCGAGCAAGAACGAAAUAAUGCCUCGGCCCGGUG